AUGCUUUUUGCCAUUGAGGAAAUUAAUAACAGCACAGAUCUACUGCCUGAAGUUACUCUGGGCUAUAAAAUGUAUGAUGCCUGUGGUUUCAUUGCCAGAAGUGUAAAAGUUGCAUUGGCCUUACUUAAUAGUAACAGAAUUGAAGCUUCAACUUCAAAGGUGUGUACAAGACCUGCACAAGUGCAAGUUAUAAUGGGAGAAACCUCUUCCUCUCCUAGUGCAGCCAUUGCUACUGCUAUUGGACCCUUUCAUAUACCAAUGAUUUUGCAGCACAUACAAAGGACUCAUUUCAAGACAAAGGAAGGGGAUGAGGUUUACUUUAACGAAAAUGGAGAUCCACCGGCAAAAUAUGAUAUCAUAAACUGGCAACGGGGAGAAAAUGACAUGUUGAACUUUGCGUCUGUUGGUCUUUAUGACGCAUCCUUACCAGCCGAUAAACAACUGAAUGUGAAAAUGAGUUCAAUAAUUUGGGCAAAAAACUCACUGCAGGUACCUGUUUCGGUUUGCAGCGAGAAGUGUCCCCCGGGAACACGAAAAGUUCUCCAGAAGGGAAGGCCUAUUUGCUGUUUUGACUGUAUAAGAUGUGCAGAGGGAGAGAUAAGCAACACCUUGGAUUCUGUCACCUGUGUGAGAUGCCCCCUUGAAUCCUGGUCAAAUGAAGAUCGAAAUGCCUGUGUAAAGAAGAAGGCUGAAUUUCUUUCAUAUAAAGAAAUAAUGGGAGCAUUGCUCACAGCAGCUUCUUUAUUUGGUACAUGUAUGACUGUUGUUGUAGCAGUCAUUUUUGUUAAAUACAGGAAAACUCCUCUUGUGAGGGCAAACAACUCUGAGCUAAGCUUCCUGCUGCUCUUCUCCUUAAAGCUGUGUUUCCUCUGCUCUCUGACUUUCAUCGGCCAACCCUCUGAGUGGUCCUGCAUGCUGCGGCACACAGCAUUUGGCAUCACCUUUGUCCUCUGCAUCUCCUGUGUCUUAGGGAAAACCAUAGUGGUUUUAAUGGCAUUUAAAGCUACACUUCCAGGACGAAAUGUGAUGAAAUGGUUUGGACCUACACAGCAGAGAGUCAGUGUUCUGGGUUUUACUCUUGUGCAAGUCAUCAUAUGUAUCCUCUGGUUAACAAUCGCUCCUCCUUUUCCUUCCAAGAAUUUUAAAGAAUUCAAAGACAAAAUCAUCUUGGAGUGUUCACUUGGGUCUUCUGUUGGCUUCUGGGCUGUCCUUGGGUACAUAGGACUUCUGGCCAUUUUGUGUUUUAUUUGUGCUUUUUUGGCUCGUAAACUGCCUGACAAUUUUAAUGAAGCCAAAUUUAUCACUUUCAGCAUGCUAAUAUUCUGUGCUGUAUGGAUAACUUUUAUUCCAGCGUAUGUCAGUUCUCCGGGGAAGUUCAGUGUUGCUGUAGAAAUAUUUGCUAUACUUGCCUCUAGUUUUGGACUAUUGGUUUGUAUUUUUAUUCCAAAAUGUUACAUUAUGGUGAUGCAACCAGAAAAAAAUACAAAAAAGAACAUAAUGGGAAAGGUUGCCCCAAAAUAAUUGUUG